AUGGCACACAAACUUCUCAAUCUCCUCGCUUUCACUUCCCUGGCUAUCAUGGCUUGCUCUUUUGGUGCAGAGCCUGUCAACGCGCUCUCUAACACCCAUCAUGUCAGAGACGGUCUUCGUGGUCACGACGCGCUUGCAAAGCGUAAACGAAGUGUCAAUGGCAAACGUUGCAAAGUCCGCUCAGCUCCCGCUGACAGCUCGACCGCAUCCAGUACUGACUCCUCCAGUGUUGACUCCUCCAGUACUGAUUACACUCCUGCUCCGAUCACCACCAGCACUUGGUCUGAUUCAUCUUCCUCUACCUGGUCCAGCACUAGCUCUUCAGCUCCUGCCGCCACCAGUAGCGCGAGCUCGAGUAGCAGCGGCAGUGGUAAAGGCUGUCUUGCUUGGCCGAACGGUGACCAGUCGUAUCUCGGUGAUUACAAGACUGAUAAAACUAGCCUCAUCUACACAUGGGGCGAAACUGCUCCUUCUAAUGCUGCUUCUCUCGGCUUCACCUUCGCUCCUCAGCUUUGGGGCUAUUCCAACGAGAACGCGUUCGCGUCUACCGUAGUUGCAGGCUACGCCAAAUAUGCUCUAUUCUUGAAUGAGCCUAACGAGGUCGGUCAAUCCAACAUUGAUGCUACGGCUGCUGCUGGUUUGUGGAAACAAUACAUGGAACCCCUCAAGGCUUUAGGCUAUCAGGUUGGCUCUGCCGCCACAAGUUCCAACCCCAAUGGAAUGACAUGGACUCAAGACUUCUUCACUGCUUGCAAUGGUGGCUGCAACCCCGAUUUUGUGGCUGUUCACUGGUAUGACAUUAGCGCUGAUGGCUUCAUGUCCUACGUCGAACAAUGGCACUCCGCCUUCAACUUGCCGAUCUGGGUGACUGAGUUUGCUUACCAGGACUUCAACGGUAAUAACCAAGGUGACUUGGCCACCAUCCAAAGUUUCAUGGGUGAAGUCACUGCCUGGAUGGACCAGCAAGAUUAUGUUCAUUACUACUGUUGGUUCGGUGCUAUGCUUGAUAUGCAGAAUGUCAACCCUCUUAACACUCUCAUGAACCCUGACGGUUCUCCCUCCGAUCUCGGUGAACAAUUCCUCUACUCCGGUUAA